AUGAGCGCCCCUCCGGUCCUGCGGCCGCCCAGCCCGCUGCUGCCCGUGGCGGCGGCAGCGGCGGCGGCGGCGGCCGCGCUGGCCCCGGGGUCCGGGCCGGGGCCCGCGCCGUUCCUGACGCCCGUCGCGGCCCCGGCCGGGGGCAUCUCCUUCCAUCUGCAGAUCGGCCUGAGCCGCGAGCCGGUGCUGCUGCUGCAGGACUUGUCCGGGGACUACAGCCUGGCGCACGUCCGCGAGAUGGCUUGCUCUAUCGUCGACCAGAAGUUCCCUGAAUGUGGUUUCUAUGGAAUGUAUGAUAAGAUCCUGCUUUUUCGCCAUGACCCUACCUCUGAAAACAUCCUUCAGCUGGUGAAAACAGCUAGCGAUAUCCAGGAAGGGGAUCUCAUUGAAGUUGUCUUGUCAGCUUCCGCCACCUUUGAAGACUUUCAGAUUCGCCCCCACACUCUUUUUGUUCAUUCAUACAGAGCUCCAGCUUUCUGUGAUCACUGUGGAGAAAUGCUUUGGGGGCUGGUGCGUCAAGGCCUUAAAUGCGGAGGAUGUGGGCUGAAUUACCACAAGAGAUGUGCAUUUAAAAUCCCCAACAACUGCAGUGGCGUGAGGCGGAGAAGGCUCUCGAAUGUCUCCCUUACCGGGCUCAGCACUGUGCGCACAGCGUCCGCCGAGCUCGCUACCAGUGCCCCCGACGAGCCCCUUCUGCAAAAGUCACCUUCUGAGUCCUUCAUUGGUCGAGAGAAGAGGUCAAAUUCCCAGUCGUACAUUGGGCGCCCCAUCCAACUCGACAAGAUCUUGCUGUCCAAAGUUAAAGUGCCGCACACGUUCGUCAUCCAUUCGUAUACCCGGCCCACGGUGUGCCAGUAUUGCAAGAAGCUUCUCAAGGGGCUCUUCAGGCAGGGCCUGCAGUGCAAAGAUUGCAGAUUCAACUGUCAUAAACGCUGUGCACCAAAAGUGCCCAACAACUGCCUUGGUGAAGUGACCAUUAACGGAGAUUUGCUCAGCCCUGGGGCAGAGUCUGACGUAGUCAUGGAAGAAGGGAGCGAUGACAAUGACAGUGAAAGAAACAGUGGGCUCAUGGAUGACAUGGAAGAGGCAAUGGUCCAGGAUGCUGAGAUGGUGAUGGCUGAGUGCCAGAACGACAGUGGGGAGAUGCAGGAUCCAGACCCAGACCACGAGGACUCCAACAGAACCAUCAGUCCAUCAACAAGCAACAACAUCCCACUCAUGAGAGUAGUGCAGUCUGUCAAACACACGAAGAGGAAAAGCAGCUCAGUGAUGAAGGAAGGAUGGAUGGUCCACUACACCAGCAAGGAUACGCUGCGGAAGCGGCACUAUUGGAGAUUGGAUAGCAAAUGUAUUACCCUCUUUCAGAAUGACACAGGAAGCAGGUACUACAAGGAAAUACCUUUAUCAGAAAUUUUAUCUUUGGAACCAGCAAAACCAUCAGCUUUAAUUCCUAGUGGGGCCAACCCUCACUGUUUUGAGAUCACCACAGCAAACAUCGUGUAUUAUGUGGGAGAAAAUGUGGUCAACCCCUCCAGCCCACCACCAAAUAGCAGUGUCCUCACCAGUGGUGUUGGUGCCGAUGUGGCCAGGAUGUGGGAGAUGGCGAUCCAGCAUGCUCUCAUGCCCGUCAUACCCAAGGGGUCCUCUGUGGGUUCAGGAACCAGCGUGCACAGAGAUAUUUCUGUGAGUAUUUCAGUAUCAAACUGCCAGAUUCAAGAAAAUGUGGACAUCAGCACAGUUUAUCAGAUUUUUCCUGAUGAAGUACUGGGUUCUGGACAGUUUGGAAUUGUGUAUGGAGGUAAACAUCGUAAAACAGGAAGAGAUGUAGCUAUUAAGAUCAUUGACAAGUUAAGGUUUCCAACAAAACAAGAAAGCCAGCUUCGUAAUGAGGUUGCAAUUCUUCAGAACCUUCAUCACCCUGGUGUUGUAAAUUUGGAGUGUAUGUUUGAGACGCCUGAAAGAGUGUUUGUUGUUAUGGAAAAGCUCCAUGGAGACAUGCUGGAGAUGAUCUUGUCAAGUGAAAAGGGCAGGUUGCCAGAGCACAUAACGAAGUUUUUAAUUACUCAGAUACUUGUGGCUUUGCGGCAUCUACACUUUAAAAAUAUUGUUCAUUGUGACCUCAAACCAGAAAACGUGUUGCUAGCAUCAGCUGAUCCUUUCCCUCAGGUGAAACUCUGUGAUUUUGGUUUUGCCCGGAUCAUUGGAGAGAAGUCUUUCCGGAGGUCAGUGGUGGGCACCCCAGCUUACCUGGCUCCUGAGGUCCUAAGGAACAAGGGCUACAAUCGCUCGCUAGACAUGUGGUCCGUUGGGGUUAUCAUCUAUGUCAGCUUAAGUGGCACGUUCCCAUUUAAUGAAGAUGAGGACAUUCACGACCAAAUCCAGAAUGCAGCUUUCAUGUAUCCACCGAAUCCUUGGAAGGAAAUCUCUCAUGAAGCCAUUGAUCUUAUCAAUAAUUUGCUGCAAGUGAAAAUGAGAAAGCGAUAUAGUGUGGAUAAGACCUUGAGUCACCCUUGGCUACAGGAUUAUCAGACCUGGUUAGAUUUACGAGAGCUGGAAUGCAAAAUCGGGGAGCGCUAUAUCACCCACGAGAGCGAUGACUCGAGGUGGGAGCAGUACGCAGGCGAGCAGGGCCUGCAGUACCCCGCACACCUGAUCGAUCCAGGCGCUGGCCACAAGGGCGGUCCUGAGACCGAAGAGACGGAAAUGAAAGCCCUCAGUGAGCGUGUCAGCAUCCUCUGA